AUGAAUACGGAGUCAUUGUCUCGGCCGCUGAGUCGUGAAACCGACUUCGUCAGCAUAACACGUACGUUAGACACCGACUGGCCGGGAGUUGAGCUCCCGGUUACCCUCAGCCUGGUUUGGCCCGCCUGCCGAGCGGUUUACCGGGGUGUGGCCGCUGUUGUAUCCAAACAGCCACAGGUCCCCACUCUGAUCUAUAACGGUGAUGUAGAUAUGGCAUGUAACUACUUCGGUGAUUUGUGGUUUGUCGACAGCCUCGGAUUGACGGUUACACAAAAUUUGACUCGUUGGUUGUACGUGGACUACGAUGGAACAAAGCAAGUUGGUGGCACCUUCAAAAUUCUCAAACAUGACGCGACGCCACUGUGGUUCGUGACUGUUCGUGGUUCAGGUCAUAUGGUUCCACAUGACAAACCCAUUGCCGCUUCCCAUUUGAUCCAACGAUUCAUUCAAGGCGGUCCCCUGAGCGCAUAG